AGUUGUUUAUUUCAUAAUAGUUAUACUCCCAUCUUAGGGUUUUACUCAUUUGGCCUCUAUGAUUUGGUGAAUCUAUCUUUAAGAGUUUUUAGUCUGAGGGUUUUAGUCUCUUUGGACCACGGCGGAGGUGCAAAGCGGGAGGAGCAGGAGCAAUGGGAAAGGGAACAGGAAGCUUCGGAAAGAGGAGGAACAAGACCCACACUCUUUGCGUGCGCUGUGGCCGCCGCAGUUUUCACAUCCAAAAGAGUCGAUGUUCUGCCUGUGCAUACCCUGCUGCACGCAUUCGCAAAUAUAACUGGAGUGUGAAAGCUAUUCGAAGAAAGACUACAGGGACUGGACGAAUGAGAUAUCUUCGACACAUGCCCCGACGUUUCAAGAAUAAUUUUAGGGAGGGAACUCAAGCAGUCCCCAGAAAGAAGGUUGCUGCUGCUUCAUUCUAAAUUUGUUUAGAAUGGAAGUACUGGGAUGUAGAUUUGAAUUUAUUAUGUACUGGAUGGUUUUUCUAGUUAUUGUAGAAAGCCUAGAUUCCAGUUAAAAGCUUGCUUUAUGAAUGGAAAUGCUUUUACAAUUUUUUUGGCUAGUACUAUAGUAAAGACUGUAUGGAAAAGUUAAAACAAAGUUUUUUCAAGCAUUGAAAUAGACUGCAUGUAUGCAGUAAUAAUUUCUAAUGCUGUUUGAAAUUGAGAUUUUUAUUUCUCGAGUUUUAGAUCAUCGAAUUUUGUAGCUUUUAGCAACAGCCAGUAAACCUGCAUGUUUUGAAAGACGUUUGAGCAAUAUUGUCAGCACAUUUUAUUUUCUAUU